AUGGGCACGUCGAUACUAGAUCGGCCGGACCACUGCACACUGAGCCGUGUCGUGGCCCUCGCCACCGUCUGCGUCGUCGUCGUGGUUUGCACGUACGCGACGUCUUCUCCGGCCGGGAAGGACCAGAAAUACAACAUAUGGCGCCGGCGAUCACCGACCGCCUUCGCUCCCGACAACGAUCUGGAGGUGGCGCUGCGCGGCGCGGCGUACGCGAACAGGACGCUGAUCCUCACCGUGCUGAACGAGGCGUACGCGGAGGAGGACAGCCUGCUCGACCUCUUCCUGCGGAGCAUGAGGGAAGGGGACGGCACCGCGCAGCUCAUCGACCACGUCCUCUUCGUGGCCAUGGACCGGCAGGCCUUCCGGCGGUGCAGGAGCCUCGCCGGCCUCAGGUGCUACCUGCUCCGGCAGCGGGACGGCGACGACCUCUCGUCGGAGCAGCUCUACAUGUCCGACGGCUUCAUACGCAUGAUGUGGCGGCGGAUCCGCUUCCUCGGCGACGUCCUCAAGCACGGCUACAGCUUCAUAUUCACUGACAUGGACGUGAUGUGGCUGAGGAACCCGUUCCCGAAGCUGGACGUCGGCGACGGCGAGGACCUCCUGAUCAGCUCCGACAAGUUCAACGGCGAGGCGCGCGACUACGUCGGCAACGAGCUGAACACGGGCUUCUUCUUCGUGGCGUCCAACGCCCGGACGGCGGCGCUGUUCGACGAGUGGCACGCGGCGCGGCGGGCCUCGCCGGGGAUGAAGGAGCAGGACGUGCUGAACCGGAUGAAGCGGCGCGGCGCGUUCCGCCGGCUCGGCGUGCGCGCGCGCGUCCUGGAGACGGCGCGCUUCAGCGGCUUCUGCCAGGACAGCCGCGACGCGGCGCAGGUGGCCACCGUGCACGCCAACUGCUGCCGCACCAAGCGGGCCAAGGUCGCCGACCUCAGGGCCGUCCUCCGCGCCGCCGGGCGGCUGAACAGGACGGCGGCGGGCCUGAUGAGGUGGCCGGCGCACUCGGAGUGCGUGAGAUCGUGGACGUGA